ACUGUAAGCAAAUUUACCUUCCACAGACGGGGAGAGAGAGAGAGAGAGAGAGAGAGAGAGAGAGAGAGAGAUAGAGGGAGGGAGAGAAUGGGCAGAGAAGUGUCAGAGAGUUGCGUUGAUAGCUUACUGACGGAGAUGGUGUCAUCAUACUGCAAUAGGUUCGACGCUAAUAAACCUGAGCUCGCCGGCCGGCGGAUCGAGGCUAUUGGCUAUCAGGUCGGCCACCAGCUAGCCGAACGGUAUACUAUGGAGCGGCCGAGAUUUAGUGAUCAUCUAGAGGCAAUAAAGUUCAUUUGCAAGGACUUUUGGUCUGAGGUCUUUAAGAAGCAGAUUGACAACUUGAAGACAAAUCAUAGAGGUACCUUUGUACUGCAAGAUAAUAGGUUUCGCUGGCUUGCACGAAUGUCAGUUGAUCCAACUAUUGAAAGUGGAGGAGCAUCACAAGAUCCUUCUGCCUUGGCUGAAAAUAAGGCUACCCAAGCAAUGAGCAUGCAUCUCUAUUUCCCUUGUGGAAUCAUAAGGGGAGCUCUUUCAAACUUAGGGAUCCCUUGCGCAGUUUCUGCUGACAUAUCCAAUCUUCCGGCAUGUUCAUUUGUGGUUCGGAUAAAGGCUUGACAAGUGUAUUACAACAAAUAUGGGAUCAGUGUUGUGCCUUGAAGCAUGUUCAUCACAAAAUUAGAUUUUUUUUUUUCUCCUCCCCUUUUCUUCUACUUGAAAAUGUACUUAAUUUGACAAGUUCUAAAUGUCCAUAAAGCUUGUCCAAAGUCGUGACGAUGAAAUAUUCUUGGAGAAAAGCUUGUUUUGCAUAGAUAGACUGGAAUUUUAGCAGUAAAAGUAAUGCUGAUGACAUGAUUUUCCUUUCUCUGUUGGAGUUGCAUGUGUGAAAUGAAAGGCCUUGGCUGUAUUUAGGGAGGCACUAA